AUGAAUUCUAACUCACCUAACAAUUUAGCCGAUGAAAUGCACGGAUUCACUCUCUUGAAUUCCGCUCCCUCGAUUCUCGCUCCGCGCCUCGGGCGUUUGUGUCUCAAAGGACGAAAACCAAUCCAGACCCCUCACUAUGUCCCAAUUACCUCCCGAGGUGCCGUCCCGCAUGUGUCCCAUGACACGAUGCGAGAUCAUAUGUCCGUUCAGAGUCUAUAUGCUGGGCUGGAAGAUUGUCCACGAAGAAUUCCACCUAUCGCUUGCACGACACCAAAUAGUUCAAAUUCUAUUACGAUAUUCACCUCUGUCGGAUUUCGUCAGCUUGAAGACGGAGAAUAUGCCAAAGCUAUCGAGAAGUUACAGCCGGAUUUUGCGGUCGGUCUAGCAGAUCUCGUCCUGACGCAGCCACCGGGUGUCAAGAGGCGGGAACGUAUGGUGGACAGAACUCAUGCAUGGACUAGGGACACAAUUGACCGGCUGUAUGGCGCCGGAAACACGUCCGGGGUGUCAAACAAAUCACUUUUCCUUGCUCCCCUACUCCCCCUGGAGAAGGAAUUGCAGCUCUUAUAUGUGCAGGAUCUAGAAGAUGAGAUGAAGGAUUCGAUUUCUGGCUUCGCUCUCUUUGAUGGAUCAACAGUCGAGGCUGUCCCCGAUUCCAUGUCGCACCUUGUCCGAAUGUUUUUCGGAAACCCUCACACGCCUCAUAAGGUCUUGAGGGAGAUCUCUUUGGGGAUUGACCUUACAACAAUACCAUUUAUCGGAACUGCGUCCGACGCAGGUUUAGCAUUCGAUUUCACCUUUCCUCAGCCGCCCACAGAGAAUAGCAAAAGGAAUUUACCUUUGGCGUUCGAUAUGUGGUUAUCGAGCCAUGCAGUUGAUACUGAGCCAUUAAAACCCGGCUGUCAAUGCUAUACCUGCAAGAAUCACCACCGUGCAUAUAUCCAGCAUUUGCUCAAUGCAAAAGAAAUGCUUGCAUGGACGUUGCUGCAGAUCCAUAAUCAUCACGUCAUGGAUCAGUUUUUCGCUGCGGUCAGAGGAAGCAUUUGGAACGGGACAUUUGCCCAAGAUGUGGAAACAUUUGAACGGGCUUACGCCCCGGAAUUCCCUGAGCAGACAGGUCAGGGUCCAAGAAUAAGAGGCUAUCAAGCCAAGUCAGAACAUGGGGCUUCAAAAAGGAAUCCAAGGGCCUAUGGACGCCUCGACGACCAUGCACAGAAACUCAUGGAAGCAGAGUCAUCCGUACCUACGCCAGAUGUGGGAGCAGACGAGCUCCAGGCACACGGAUUUGCUGAGAAAUCAGAAUAAUCCACCCAGCGGCGGACGGGGUUUGGUGCCACUAUACCACCACUCGCGUAGACGAUGUCUAACUUCGUGUGGUGAACCGCGAUAUACAUCGAAUGUCUUCUACCUCCGAAAUCGGAUGCCCCUUUUUUUUUUAGAGAAAAAUGCUUGAAUGGGCUAGCUAUAGCUGGAGGGUGAGGUAGGACAAAUAUAGAGCUACACGCCCCAAGCGUGCAUAGGGCAAGUUCACAUACCAAAUUUCACUUUGGGAAACUUGGACAAACAUUUUGUUAUGACUAUCGCCCUGAUCCGAGCUCUUCAUAUCCUUAGACUGCAGAGAAUGAGCUAUCUCGCAUGUUGCGCAAGUAAAGACCCCGAGCUCAGCAUGCCGAGUGUGCUUCUCUGAACUCGAUAGAUAGACCAAUUAGUCCGUUUCCCGCUCAUCAGAAGC